AUGUAUCUGGUGGACGUAGAGGUCAACAAGCCGGUCUUGGCCAUUAUUAAACGUGUUUCAAGAGAAAUUGGGCAUCAAUACGGGGGUAAAGCGCGAAGCGCGGUUUCCAAUGUUGUGGCAAAAGCCGUCGAAGACAAAAUAAGGUACAGCGCAGCUGGGGAUAGGCCCAUCGGAACCAGUUUUGAGCUUUCUUCACGCGAUCUGGCUCUGGUGGGUCACGGAUCCCUGGAUAUUGGCACCAGUCUCACAGAGGCCCAGGAAAAUAUCAUCAAAAACCUUACACGAGUAAUGCUACACCAAGUCUACGAGACUGGGACGUACGCAAUAUCUGAGGGUCAAAGAAAUAUGCUGUUAUCCCUGUGUGUGAAACACAUACACGUGGAAACGCGUCGGGCUCAAAGCUCGAAAAGGAUGCGAGUAGAAGAUACGGAGGGGUUCGUGAGCCAAAUAAGAUCUUCGUUGCAAAGUGAGCAACAAGAGCGGAAUACGAGUUUUCUAAAAAAAGAUAGCGCCUUUCAGGUAAGAUUUUACGCCUGUCUCGACAAAAAGCGAUCAAAGGAACCUGCUGCGGCUAUUGCAGAAGAGUUUGAUAAAAUUGAUUUGCACAGUAGUGAAAGAGCCCCGGAAGACGACGAAGACGAUCAUACUCUAUUGCCAUCUAGCGAUGCAAUAGCCAGUUUGCCCUUUUCUCCUCAGAUGCUAGCCCAAGUUGAAGUGCAUCUGUUGCCCUGCACGGAGUUUGAAGGUAUGUGGGAAUCGUUGCAAUUUGACGAUGAUUUGAAAAGCAGGCUCUUCGGAUACGCUACAAUUGCGCUAAAAUUGGCCAAUUUCGCCAAAGGACAUCAGUCUACCGCUAUCGGUAAUAACAAACUUUUGUUUGUGCAUGGCCCUCCGGGUACAGGUAAAACGACCGUUUGUAAAGCGUUAUGUCAAAAGUUGGCAAUUAGACAUGGACGCAGCGGUAAGAAAAUUUUCUUCGAAGACGAGCCUCGAGUCGUGCUCGUUGAAAUGUCGUGUUCUAGGCUUUUCUCCAGAUGGUACGGGGAAUCUGCCAAAAAUCUGGAUGGCAUUUUUGAGAAUAUUGAGCGGUUACUCUUGGAUCAAGGCAACAAAAACAAGAUUGUUUGCUUGCUCAUUGAUGAAGUCGAAACAAUCGCAUCUUCUCGAAUUUCUUUGAUGGGCAAGAAUGAAACGACAGACGGUAUACGAGUGGUAAAUGCGCUUUUGACCAAAUUGGAUCAAAUGAAGAAAUAUAACAAUUUCCUUACAUUAGCCACUUCCAAUUUGAUCGAAUCUUUGGAUCCUGCAUUUUUAGAUCGAGCAGACGGUAUGUUUUUCGUCGACAGUCCAUCCUUCAAUGCUGCAAGCGUCAUUUUAAAUUCGUGCAUCGAACAUUUGGUCAAAAUUAACGUAGUUACUACGGUACGGGGUUCAAAUAUAUUGGAAAAUCAAAAAUUCCGGAAAGCUAUCGACUUGAUUGCUGAGAGAUGUGCGGAAUCCAAAAUCAGCGGAAGAACGUUAAGAAAAUUACCUAUUGUGUGCUUGUCGGAGAGCACCAUGGCUUUGCCAAUAACGAUAGAAGAUUUUUUGAUGGCACUCGCAUCUACAACUAGCAUGAAAGCCAGGCAAGUGCACGUGGCAGUUUGCAACAAAUAG